AUCUUGGCUUAGAUGCGCGGCAAAAACGCAACUGGCGCAGUGUGGAGUCUUUCGCCGCCGUGGGCGCACGCUACCGCCACGCGAACUCACUCUAACAUAAUGUCACCUCGGGCGCUGUUCCUACUCGUCGCUAUAGCCUGCAUCGCGCAGGCAGCGGCCCGGCCAGUGAAGAAGACCCUCAACUUCAACAUGUUUUUGUUACGACCUAAAGAAGGAGCUGCCGACAGAUUCUUGCUGUCGACCGACGGGGUGUCGAGGUUUGGCCCAAUAUUGGAGAUGUUCGUCCAAAGGUUUCAGGGGCUAAUGUCUGUGAAGCUGCCCCAAGACCAGCUGAACAGUAUAUCUGUUCCUGAUGCACCGGCAAGUGUCAAAGGUGAGGUGCCUAUUGGUAACAAUGCGGAAAACGAAGUUGAUGGAGUGCCGGAAUCCAAGAUGCCUGGCAUUGUAGUCAGGCCUUCGCGCACCAAGCCGGGGACAUAUGAAGUGGAGAUAGACAUGGUUGUUGACGACGGACAACCAGAUGAGAAGAAUCAAUAAUUGGUGUUUUAUGUUAUAAGGUCGGGUCCAAAAAGUAUGAGAUGUGUUAGUAUGAAAAUAGUUGUGUAUGAUUUUAAAUUAAAGGAAUGUUUGAUAAUGUGUUGAUUAACAAAUUACAAUAUU